AUGAAUCGCAGUCAAAGCAGCCCGCUUAAAAGGGUCUGGCUCUCUACCUUAACUGAGACCAUGCCGCUAACCCCUCUCGACUACACGGCGCCGCAGAAUUACAUCGUCCGCUUGUUUGGUUUUCAUUUCCCAAAUUAUCGGGAACUUGACCGGAUAGCUACAGUGGCUUACCUCAAGGACCAUCUUGCCCACACAAUCUCGCUGAUGCCCUUUCUGGGUGGUCAAAUCAUCCACACGGAAGCUGAACAGCUGCCCAGGAUGGUCUACUCAAAGAUGGGGACCUCCUGCAACUUGGCUCAGUUCCCAGGUGAAGUGUUCGACUCCCAAAACAUCGACAUAUCGUACCCGCACUUGCCUCAGCCGUUUUGGGAACUCCUGAGAUUGGGC